UUAAAAUUUUAGCACUAGGAUUUAUAUUACAUAAGGGAUCAUAUCUACGUAAUGUUUGGAAUAUGCUUGAUUUUAUUGUUGUCUUAACAGGGUUUAUAACCUUAUUAGCUCCCAGUGAAAAACAAAUGUUAGGUGGGGUAGAUUUAAAAACAUUACGAGCCAUUAGAGUGUUAAGACCAUUGAAGUUGGUCUCAGGUGUUCCAAGUCUUCAAGUUGUAUUGAAGUCUAUCAUCAAAGCAAUGGCACCGUUACUUCAAAUCGGUUUAUUAGUGUUGUUUGCAAUUGUUAUAUUUGCCAUCAUUGGCCUAGACUUCUAUGAGGGAGCACUUCAUAAAACAUGUUUUACAUUACCAGAUAGGACUGAAAUAUAUAGAGAGGGCGAUGCAAUGGAAACUCCCUGUACGUUAGCUAAGGGCGAUAAAGCACCCAAAGGUGCCUAUAUGUGUCCAAACGGUACCGUAUGUGACGAGGGAUGGGAAGGACCCAACUAUGGCAUCACUAGUUUCGAUAAUAUUUUCUUUGCUAUGUUAACCGUAUUUCAGUGCAUUACUAUGGAGGGAUGGACUGCCAUAUUAUACUGGACUAACGAUGCGAUGGGCAGUUCAUAUAAUUGGAUAUAUUUUGUGCCAUUAAUAAUAUUGGGCUCAUUUUUUAUGCUCAACCUAGUGUUGGGUGUACUCAGCGGUGAAUUUGCUAAAGAAAGAGAAAGAGUUGAGAACAGACAGGCCUUUCUGAAGCUUAGACGACAGCAACAGCUGGAAAGGGAGCUCAACGGCUAUGUCGAGUGGAUCUGUAAGGCCGAGGAAGUGAUAUUAGCCGAGGAAAGGACCACUGAGGAAGAAAAGAUGCAUAUCAUCGAAGCUCGCAAGAGAGCCGCAGCCAAACGAAAAAAACUGAAGACUAUGCACUCGAAGAGUACCGAUGAGGACGACGAAGAAGAAGAAGAGGAAGACGAAGAAACUUCACGAAAAGUUUUAAAAGGAUUUGCUAGAGCAUCGUAUAUACAUUCAAAAAUUAAAAAUAAAGGAGCAUGCAAAGCGUUUUGGAAAGCUGAAAAACGUUUUAGAAUCAGUGUCCGACACGCCAUCAAAACCCAAGCCUUUUACUGGUUUGUCAUUUUGUUGGUCUUCCUCAAUACGGCCUGUGUAGCUGUCGAGCAUAAAGGACAGGAACAAUGGCUCACAAAUUUUUUAUAUAUCGCCGAAUUUGUCUUUUUGGGUCUAUUUAUAUGCGAAAUGUGUAUCAAAUUGUAUGCAUUGGGUAUCAAAUGCUAUUUCGAGUCGGCAUUCAAUAGAUUUGAUUGUAUGGUUAUAUUUGGGAGCAUUUUUGAGGUAAUCUGGUCUGAAGUAAAGGGCGGCUCAUUUGGCUUUUCGGUGCUCCGGGCGUUACGAUUGUUAAGGAUAUUCAAAGUGACCAAAUAUUGGUCAUCACUUAGAAAUUUAGUUAUAUCACUAUUGGCUUCCAUGCGAUCGAUUAUUAGUCUAUUAUUCCUAUUAUUUUUGUUUAUACUAAUAUUUGCCUUAUUGGGAAUGCAAUUGUUUGGAGGAGCGUUCAACUUUGAAGAGGAAACACCGCCGGCUAAUUUCAAUUCAUUUGCCAUCGCAUUGUUGACAGUAUUUCAGAUACUAACCGGCGAAGACUGGAACGAAGUGAUGUAUAGGGCCAUCAAAUCGCAGGGCGGUAUACACGAGGGCGGUAUGAUCUACAGUGUCUACUUUAUCAUACUUGUCCUGUUCGGUAACUAUACCCUGCUGAACGUAUUCUUGGCCAUUGCUGUCGACAAUCUGGCCAAUGCUCAAGAGUUGACGGCUGCCGAAGAAGAAGAAGCCGAAGUCGACAGAGAGCGGAAUAAGGAAGAAAUGCGGAAAGAGUUGGACGGUGUACCACAUCAGGGAACUAAAGGUGCGGCGGCGGCGGCGGCCGCAGCAGCCGAUAUGAAACUGUUGGAUAUGACCGACGACGACGAUCUGGAUUUGUUUCCGAUUGAUAUCAAUAUUAUGCCGCCGUCGCCGUUGGGCAACGCAAAGACCCGAUCGGGUAGCGCUGGCGGCGCAACAGAUAUACCCGAAAUCAGUAAAAUUGAGUUCGAGUUGGUUAAGAUACCGAAAUCCAAACAGACGCCAACUGCCCGCUCAGGUGGCGGCGGCGGCGGUGGUCGCGCCGAACCGCCAGCCGAUGACGAUGGAGGCGAUGAUGAAGAACCCAGUGGUCCGAAACCAAUGUUGCCCUAUUCGUCGAUGUUUGUACUGUCCUCUAGCAAUCCCGUCCGUCGGGGCGCACAUUUCAUAACCAAUAUGCGCUACUUUGACGCUUUCAUUAUGAUUAUAAUAACCCUGAGCUCUAUUGCCUUGGCUGCCGAAGAUCCAGUAGACGAGAGCUCCGACAUCAAUAGUAUACUCAUUUAUUUUGAUUAUGCCUUUACCGGCGUCUUUACCAUCGAAAUGCUACUCAAAGUAAUCGACCAAGGUGUCUUUUUGCAUCCCGGUUCCUAUUGUCGAGACUUAUGGAACAUAUUGGACGCCAUUGUUGUCAUCUGUGCCCUCUGUGCCAUCGCUUUCUCCAUUUUUGGUGACUCCAGUCCCGGUACAAAGGGCGCCGCCUCUAGUCUAAGCGUCAUUAAGUCGCUUAGAGUUUUGCGUGUAUUACGACCAUUGAAAACCAUUAAACGUGUGCCUAAAUUAAAGGCUGUAUUUGAUUGUGUGGUGACAUCAUUGAAAAACGUGUUCAACAUAUUGAUAGUCUAUAUGUUAUUUCAAUUUAUAUUUGCCGUAAUCGCCGUACAGUUAUUCAAUGGACGGUUUAACUACUGUACGGAUGAGUCGAAACUGUUUCAGGAGGAGUGCGCUGGCGAAUAUUUUGAGUUCAAACAACUACACGCACCGCCAGUGGUCAAGAAAAGGAGUUGGGAAAGACAUCCGUUUCAUUACGACAAUGUUAUUGCAGCUAUACUGACACUGUUUACCGUACAGACCAGCGAGGGUUGGCCACAAGUACUGCAAAACUCGAUGGACUCUGUAUUUGAAGAUCACGGACCGCUUCCACGGUUUCGGAUCGAAAUGUCCUUAUUCUAUGUCAUCUUUUUCAUCGUCUUUCCCUUCUUUUUUGUCAACAUUUUCGUCGCCCUGAUUAUCAUCACUUUCCAGGAACAGGGCGAAAAGGAACUGGAGGAAGGAGAGUUGGAUAAAAAUCAGAAAUCCUGUAUCGACUUUGCCAUCCAAGCCCGACCAUUGCAACGAUAUAUGCCUAAAGAUAAGGACAGUAUGAAGUAUAAGAUCUGGAGGGUUGUCGUCUCUACGGCUUUCGAGUACUUUAUAAUGGUUUUGAUUGUACUAAACACUAUACUACUGAUGAUGAAAUACUACGAUGCAGAUAUCGUUUAUUUAGACGUGUUAUCCUACAUGAAUGAACUGUUUACAGCGCUAUUCCUAUUAGAGUGUAUACUCAAACUGACCGCUUUAGGAUGCAAGAAUUUUUUCAAAGACUCGUGGAAUACGUUUGACUUUAUAACAGUUGUCGGGAGUGUUAUCGACGCUCUGGUUAUGGAAAUAACACUCAGUAGUAAAGAGUUUAAUUUUAUAUCAGUCGGCUUUUUACGGCUGUUCAGAGCCGCCCGACUCAUCAAACUGUUACGCCAGGGAUAUACUAUACGUAUACUAUUGUGGACAUUCAUACAGUCGUUUAAAGCUCUGCCAUACGUAUGUUUGUUGAUUGCAAUGCUUUUCUUUAUAUAUGCCAUCAUAGGAAUGCAGGUGUUUGGCAAUAUAUCAAUUAAUCCCGAAAUCAGUACCUCCCUCGACCGACAUAACAAUUUUAGAACAUUCAUACAAGGAUUAAUGCUACUGUUCAGAUGUGCUACUGGCGAGGCCUGGCAGUCGAUAAUGUUGUCGUGCGUUUCGGGCAAAGCUUGCGACCCGAAGACCAACAAAAUGGAGGAAGAAAAGUAUACGUGCGGUUCGGAUCUGGCCUACAGUUACUUUGUGACGUUCAUAUUUUUUUGCUCAUUUUUGAUGUUAAAUUUGUUUGUGGCCGUAAUUAUGGACAACUUUGACUAUCUGACCCGCGACUCGUCUAUACUGGGCGCCCAUCACUUGGACGAGUAUAUACGUGUUUGGGCCGAAUAUGAUCCCAAUGCUACCGGUUAUAUACACUAUUCGGAAAUGUACGACAUGUUGAGGAAUAUGGAUCCGCCGCUGGGUUUCGGUAAUAAGUGUCCGUAUAGGUUGGCCUAUAAGAAAUUGAUUCGCAUGAAUAUGCCGAUUACCGAUGAGGGUAAGGUCAACUUUACGACCACAUUGUUUGCAUUGAUCAGGGAAAAUUUGAGUAUUAAAAUGCGACCGGCCGAGGAAAUGGAUCAAGCGGACAGGGAGCUCAGACAUACCCUGAACAAACUGUGGCCAUUGCAGGCAAAAAAGAUUAUCGAUAAACUAAUACCAACCCAUGACGAGUUACGUAAUGGUAAAUUGACGGUGGGCAAAAUAUAUGCCGGAUUUUUAGUAUUGGAAAACUGGAAGACCACCCGAUUUGGCCAAAUUCAAGGGGUCGGCCUAUCUCAACCAUCACUAUUGGCCCGACUAAUGGGCGCCGUUAGAAAUCCCAAUAAGCCGGCCGAUGAGCAAAAUUUUGCCGAUAUGGCCAGCGUUUUGGCGACCGCUGCACGCAAAGAGUCGCUCAACAAUUCAAUAAAUAGCGACUCGGACAGGGAGCGGCUCCGGGAUCGGAGUAUGAGUUUUAUGAGACGCGGAAGCAGUCGACGGCGCCGACGUAGACAAUCAAUAUUUAGCCGAUCGUCGGCCACCGGCAACAACACGACCACCGGCACCACCACUACCGCUGACCGGCGGACCUCUCAGGAUUAUGAAUUAGUGGCACUUACUAGAAGACCAGUCCAUACUAGAGCUCAGGCUACUAGUGCUCAGUCAAGUGUUGUUAAACAUGCUAUUAGAAGCAAUGAUGAUCAACCGGUUGUGAGUGCAUUGGCACACCUGUCCACACAUUUACAUCCCGAUGUUCAUACACGGGGCGGAUCGUUUAGGCGCCGAUCGCGAUCAAGAAGCCGGUCACCGUCGGUAGCCCUGAUCAGGGAGUCGAUGGAAAGGCGACCGUCGAUGAUAUCAACCGGCGGAGGCGGUGGAGGAGGCGGUAGAUACGAUGCCAACGAAAAAAGUGGCCAUAAUAAUAGCGGUACAAAUGGCGGUACGACAUCGGGCGGAACAACUAGCGGUGGUGGCGGCGGCGGCGGCGGCGGUGCACGGGCCAGAUCGCCGACACCUAUUGGCAGGUCAGGUGAACGAGGAGCAGGAGGUGGAGGUGGAGGAGGAUCUGGUUCACCGCAACGUCCGGAGCUCGGGUUUGCCGAAACAGUUCACGAUGUCGUGGAUUUUGUCAAAUACGAAACGUCACGCAAGGGACGGGCACGGGCCAAACUAAGAGGCGAUGAAUGGGGUGCCCGUAGUCCCAGUCGCGGCGGUAGCGGCAAAAAACAUCAUAAUAAUCAUCACCGAAAGCUAUGGCCAGGCGGCGGCGGCGGCGGCGAUUCGUCAUCGCGGGGAAGUGGUGGCGCCGGCGCCGGCGGCCAACACCAGGAGCGCAGUCGUAGCGCUUCUCCUGAUUUUCGAAGUGCCUGUCUGGCGAUUAGGUCGCGCAGUCCGUCGCCGUAUCCGCCGGUGCUGAACGGCCAGAAUACCGACUACUACGGGACGACUAAACUGGAACAGAGGUCGCGCAGUCCGAGUCCCUGUUCAGCUCAUUCGUUGCCUGUACAGCAUCAGCAGCACCACCAACACCAGAGACCGACCACCACCGGUAAGGGGUUCGGUAGGAAAGGGAAACGCCGUUUGCUACCGAAUACGCCACAAAAGCCAUCACUACUACGAUUGCCGAUACAAUCGGUUGAAAAUAUUAACUUUCCAUUAGUGUCGCACUCGCCUACUAUACCGAACAGAUCGCCCGGUAAUAUCAAUUUUCCCAAAUUGAACGCAUCGCCCACCCAUCACAACAACAAACAACAACACCAUCAGCAGCAGCAGCAACAACAACAACACCAAAGCUGGACAACAGCAGCCGGUAAUGGAUUGUCGACACUAUUAGCACCGUUAAGGGCCAUCGGUCGGGCCAAUAGUAGCAGCUGUUUGGCCAACGUUUUCGACAACAAACAACGGGGAGGUGGAGGAACAGCAGGAGGUGGAGGAGGAGUCGCCGGUUUUCGUGAACUACCUCAGCUGCCUGUAGUUGUUAUGCCACCGAACCUUACAAUGCCUUAUAAUAAUAAUAAUAAUAAUAGUGGUAUAGCCGGUACUGGGGUUACGGCGGCAGCCGUAGCCGCUAUGGCCGCCGCUCCCACGUCGCUGCAUACGUGGCGAGAGGAGGCGCCGCACAGUUUCGAGGCGGUACCCAACGCUCCCGUACUGGCCAUUAUUGCACCGAAUACUAGCGGUGGCCGUGCAUUGCCAUCGAUGACCAAUGCAUUCAAACACUUGCGAUCGGCGGUCAAACACACAACAGACAGUCCGCUGUUGGCCAAUGUUGACCGCGUCAGGUGUCAGAGCGCUUCCGGCGGCGGACGCGAACGACAUCCGGCCCAUCCAUCGCAGCACAGACCUAACUCCAGUAUGACGGCCGACACGCUGACCGAUGUCCAGCGUAUCGAUACCGAUGACGAAGACGACACCGAUUGGUGUUAACC